UCUCCCAUACACCAACCAAAUACAUACUAGUAUAGCCAAUUUGAAAUUCUCCCAUAGAUCCAUCAGUAGUUGAGAAAAAGCAAUUCAGUUCAGCAAUGAAUUGUGUUGUUGUAAGUAGUCUACUAGGAAUAGUAGAUCAACUAUAUAAAAAUCCUUGUUUGAUUCUUCCUGAGAUAGAUGAUGCUCAAAUCAUCAUAUCCACCUUAAAGGACAAGCUCCAUUCCCUGCAGGCCUAUCUUGACAAACCUAGGCCCAUAAUUGCCUCUGUUCCCGAUCGCGAUAAGGCAGUGAAAAGGCUGGAUGAAGAAAUCAGAGAUGUAGCAAUGAAAGCAGAAGAUGAAAUCGAAUCCAAAGUGGGUGAAGUUUACUUGGCGGCUAAACAGCAGCAAGGUGAGGCUGCAGCUUGUGAAGAUCUUCAUCGGAGCUUGCAAAAAGUAGUGAAGGAUUUUGAGUCUGUUGAGGUUCGCAUCAGAGAUCUGCAAACAAGACAUACAGCCUCAAUUCAUGAUGUUUCUUCUUCUUCUUCUUCAUCAUCAACACCACCUUGUUUACAGCUUGAGAACCAUGAGUUUGAGAAUACAAUGAUAGGAAUGGAAGGUGAUGUUGAGAAAAUAAAAGGCAUGCUCAUUCAAACUUCUUCCUCCACUCAACUACAAGUCGUUUCAAUUCAGGGAUUGAUAGGGACAGGUAAAACUACUUUGGCCAAAAAAGUUUACGAAGAUCCAUCUAUUGUGUCUCACUUUGACAUUCAAGCAUGGACGGUUGAAGGUCAAGUAAACAGUCUGAGAGAUAUGCACAUUGAUAUUCUAAGUUGUAUUGUGUCAUUGACCAAGGAAGAAAUCUCCAAACAAAAUGAUAAGCAGCUAGUCGAGCAACUCCGCAAACUUCUGAUGGGCCAAAGGUAUUUGAUUGUCAUUGAUGACCUUUUCUCCAUAACCGCAUGGAAUGACAAUUAUAUGUCAUGGGAGAUAUGGAGUGGUUUCAUGAGUACAUCUUUUCCAGAUGAUAGAAAUGGAAGCCGAGUUCUGAUUACUACUCGAAAAAUGAAAGUGGCUGAAUUUGCUAGCAGCUCAGAUAUGUGGAUUUUCUACACAGAUGGUCUGAAUCCAGAAGAAAGCUGGAAAUUAUUAAGCAAAAAUGCAACGUCAAAUGGAAAAUGUAGUAGUCUACCCCCUGAAUUUGAGAUAAUAGGGAGAAGCAUUGCUGAGAAAUGUAUGGGAAUGCCACUAGUAAUUGUUUUGAUUGGUGGACUUCUGUCCACACUCAACAACUCACCAAGGCAGUGGGAGGAUAUUCUGUUCACCAUUUCAUCAUGCAACUUUCCUUUAAAGCUCUUGCAUUACACAUUUGAAGUUUGCUACGACUAUUUGCCUACUCACCUGAAAGCUUGUUUUCUUUAUUUUGGAGUUUUUCGUAAGAAAAUCGAAAUUCAUGUGAAAAAGUUGAUAGAGUUAUGGGUGGCUGGAGGAUUCGUAAAACCGGAGAUGAACAAGAGUUUAGAAGAGAUAGCUAAAGAUUAUUUGUGUGAUCUUAUCAAUAGAAGGCUAGUUCAAAUUCACAAGAGGAGUUUGGGUAGAAAAAUCAAAUCAUGUAUGCUUCAUGAUAUGUUACAUGAGUUUUGCUUCAGAAAAGCAAUUAAGGAGGAUAUUAAAAGGCCUCGUUGGGUAAGUCCUACAAGUUAUUUUACUGACCCUUCACCUGAGACCCGUUCCUUUUUCUACUUUGCGAAAAAUUUAUAUCUUGCAAAGUGUUGGUCGAUAUUCUCUUCAUUGAAGUUGUUAAGAAUAUUGGACUUAUCAUCAGUAAAAUAUUGGCAUGGCAUGCCUAGCGAGAUUGUGAAUUUGGUUCAUUUAAGAUAUUUUGCUUUAAGAACUAUAGGUUCUGUUUGCAACUCUCAAUUGUUUAAGCUCCAAAAUUUGCAAACUCUCAUUCUCUCUGCGUGGACAAAAGAGUAUCAAUUGCAACUGCCAUGUGAUGUUUUGGAUUUGCCAUGGUUAAGGCAUGUGCGCUUUGACAAGGGAUCUUCAUCUUAUCUCCCAAACUUGGUUCAAGAAAACUUACAAACUCUUUCAUGGUUCAAAGUUACCGGCCGGGACACAAGAACAUCAAACUUUACAAAAGUUCCAAAUCUGAAAGAGUUGGGGAUCUACAUUGAAGGUGAACUAUUGCCUAAUGCUCUUGAUAGUCUUGCUCGGUUACAUCAACUUGAGAAGCUAAAGGUUAAAACGGGAAGGGUAGAGCGGUUUAAUCUCCCAAAUUGUUUUCCAUCAAAGCUCAAGCAAUUGACCCUUUGUAAUACGUAUCUUUCAUGGGAAGAUAUGGACAUUAUUGGCAAUUUACCCAGCCUUGAUUUACUCAAAUUGAAAGACUUUGCUUGUUGUGGCCCAGAAUGGACACCAAGGGAUGGGGAGUUUCUACAACUAAGGUUCUUCCUUAUUGAGCGCUCUGAUCUCAAACAUUGGAAUGCAAAUGCAAACCAUUUCCCAGCUUUGGAGCAUCUAAUUCUAAGAUAUUGUUGGGACAUGGAAAAACUUCCAAGUGAUUUUGAGGAGGUUUGUACUUUGCGAUUAAUUGAGUUAGACAAUUGUUGUUUUUCUCUUGUGACUUCAGCAAAGGAGAUCCAACAAGCGCAACGAGACUUGGGAUAUGAAGGACUUGUUGUUCGUGAUGUAACUAAGAUUGAGCUGCCAACCAAUGAAAGCUCGGAAAAAAGGAGUGAUGAGAAUGAAAUUUGAUAAUUUUGUGUUUGAGGAAAUCUGGUUUAACCAAGGGAAUCAUAUACAAGUUACAAUGAUGCAUUGGCUUCAUUACCAGAAAUGCAUCCUGGCUGCCUGAAGUUGUGGUGUUCUCAUUUGCAGCUUGUCUAUUAUUACAAUGAUGUUGAUGUUGGAGUUCAUGUGCAAAAAUGUGC